GGAGACAGAGAUACUCCAAGAUGCACAUGAGCUAAAAAUGACUUGUGCUGUACAGAAAAUAGAUAUAUCUGGUAUAUUGGCUGAUUUUAACAACACAUGUGAUGUGUAGAACUAAAGCCAAACCAGGGGAGAGCAAAACACCACAGGAGCGCUUAUGGACCAUAAGUCUCCGCCGUGAAAACUCCGUGCCAUAAAGAGCAGCAGUGGACCACACACCUCCUCUAGGUCAAUCUGGCAAAUUUCGAGUUCAUCUAAAGGGGUAAGACUAAAUCAUGAACUUGUCAGAGACUGUGUGGCUCCUGGAUGAGUCGUUGAAUCUGAGCAGAGCGGAAGAAGAGGACCAGAAACUUUUAUUCGGGAUCGGCACGGAUAAUUUCAUCACGCUCCUGGUUUUCGGGCUCAUCUUCACGCUCGGGGUGCUGGGCAACUCUAUGGUGAUCACCGUGCUGGCCCGGAGCAAACCCGGGAAACCACGAAGCACCACCAACAUUUUCAUCCUCAACCUGAGCAUAGCGGACCUCUCAUACCUGCUUUUCUGCAUCCCUUUCCAGUCCACCAUUUACAUGAUGCCGACUUGGGUCCUGGGCGCAUUCAUUUGCAAAUUUAUUCACUAUUUCUUUACCGUGUCAAUGCUUGUGAGCAUCUUCACCCUGUCUGCAAUGUCCGUGGACCGGUACAUCGCCAUCGUGCACUCCAGAAAGUCGUCCUCUAUCCGGGUGGCGAGGCACGCUCUGAUCGGCGUGGUGGUGAUAUGGAUCCUCUCUCUGGCCAUGGCAGCGCCUAUCAUGUAUUACCAGAACAUUUUCCACGGAGGGGAGAAUCACACUUUUUGCUGGGAAGUGUGGCCAGAUCAGAACCAGAAGAAAGUCUAUGUGGUGUGCACGUUUGUUUUCGGUUAUGUGUUGCCCCUGUUGCUGAUUUCCUUCUGUUACGCAAAGGUGUUAAAUCACUUGCACAAAAAACUAAGAAAUAUGUCCAAAAAGUCAGAGGCAUCAAAGAAAAAGACUGCUCAGACAGUGCUGGUGGUGGUGGUUGUGUUCUGUCUGUCUUGGCUCCCUCACCAUGUUGUUCAUCUCUGGGUGGAAUUCGGGACCUUUCCGCUGAACCAAGCCUCCUUCGUCUUACGGGUGGCUGCUCACUGCUUGGCGUACAGCAACUCAUCUGUGAAUCCGGUCAUCUAUGCCUUCCUGUCAGAGAACUUCAGGAAAGCUUACAAGCAGGUGUUUAAAUGCCAGAUUGGUUCCUCUGACUACCCACUCAAUGACAUCAAGGAGAUCCGCAGCAAAGUGGACACGCCACCCUCGACUAACUGCACCAAUGUUUGACUGGCAACAUGAAAAUUAGUCAUGCCAGCUGUGGGACAAAAACUCACUAUGAGUCAUGGUGAACGAGUCAUCAGACACAAGUGGGUGUGUAUUUUUCAUGCAGGUAAGUAUGGUUGAAUGUAUUACUCCUCAUAAUCAUUGGUCACUGUUACUGGACUGGAGGAGAUCCAGCCACAAUGACUGUAGGACAUGAGUUCACUUAUUUAAGAAGAAGCCUGGUAAAACUCAGGAAACUCAGGAAAACGGACCCCCAUCUGCAGUACAACAGAUAUUUACAUAUCACAUUGUGUCAUUUUUUAGGAGAAUGGCUUUAAAAUGAUGGAAGUCACUGACUUUAUUAGUAAAAGUAUUAAUCUCAUUAGUAGAAAUCUAAAACCACUGUAAAAUUCUUGUAUAUCUAAGGAACAACUGUAAGAUUUUGUGAAA